AUGUCUGAAUCUGUAAUUAGACCUGACUUGGUGAUACCCUACAAACAUUCCCCCGCAAAGGCUCGUGCUGAAGCAACAGGUAUGGUCUCGCAAACUUUACCCAUGGCAGCUAUGUUCAUGAGAAAUAAAUUGUUAUCUUGGUCUGCCGUUUUCUUAGCAGUUCAGGCUUACUUGAACGAACCGGCCCAUAAGGAAGAAGACAACAAAGAUUCUGCCAGUCAACCUCCUUUGUUGAGAAUCUUGUUCGCUAUCAUCUCCUUAUUCACUUGUUACAUGGACGUCUUCUUCCCACAACCACAAAAAACUGCCAAGUUUGUCAAAGAUGCUGCUGAAACCAUUGCUGCUGCUACUACUGCUUAA